GUAGGAUUUUGGAAACACCUUUUUCAAGAACGACUUCACGUCAGUGCGUGCAACCUAAAAACCACAAUGCAACAACGCGCUAAAAUGAACGUUGCGGUAAUUGCCAUAUUCAGUUUGUACUGCAAGAUACUUUUCGUGGCGGGAAUGUAUUAUCCUGAACUGCGAAAGGACCUUGAAAGGUAUCAUGAUCCCCACAGGUGCACCGCCCAGAGACCGCAGUGGUACAUGGCGUACAGAAACUACUGGUACGAUCCAUUCUACGGCGGCACGGCACACUGCGUGGAGUUCCAGCGGAUUGCUCCGCCGAAAAAUUUCACCAUGCCUGCAAAAUACUCUUGGUGUGGGACAUCGGGAUGCGGAUCAAUAGAUGUGCAUUACUCCCUUCUCUCUACGCCAGGAUACGCGGCAAGGAACCUGCACAGCUUUAGUGCAAAAGAACAGGCGAUGGUUUGGGACCAUCAUGCCAUCUAUGUGGACUGCGAAACCUGCUACAUCGGACGCCAUCGUUACGCCCGUAACGGAUACGGUUGCACGAUGUGGCUUCCUGCGACACAUGUAACCAAGGGAAGUACGGACUACUGUGACUUCAUCUUUGAUGCCUUCUGCGGUGGUGCUCCCAAGUUUUACAUGUACAACCCUUCAUGCCCUGCGCUGUUGGAGAAGGCUGUCUCCGGCGGACCCGGCAAAGUCUAACUCGAGGAACCCACACGCCGCUGUACCCCGGGGAUUAUAUUCAUGCACGCCCAUGUGCUUCGCUGAAUAACAUUUACUCACUACAGUGGCCUAUAGUUGGUUCACGAAUAUUGUUAAGAAAAUACGGCACACCACUAGAGAUGACUAUCGAGUGAUUUACUCAUUUGUAAACGCAUAUAGGCAUGUAAACUAAAAUGUAAAAUGGCGCGAAUGCUAUCAACUGACUUGGCCGGCUUACAUAACUAUCUAUUUGAAUAAAAAUUUACAACAUGUGGUGAAAGUAGAAUUAAUUAAAACGUAAACACGAA